AUGUCGAAGACUGCGUUGCGUCCCGAAGAAGUGGAAUCCGAAAGAAAAAUCUUUCGGGAUUACCACAAUAGCUUUAUCGACGAGCUUACCACGCUUCCGAAGAUUUCAGAAGAUUUACCAGAGGUCUCAGACUGGUGGAGAAAACUAUUGUCGUACAAUGUUUGCGGUGGAAAGAUGAACCGGGGAUUCAUGGCAUACCUGACUGCCGUGGUCUUGUCAGAGGAG